AUGGCAGUCCAAAGAUCCCUCUGCGAAGAUGCCGUCUGCGAGAAAUCUUGCUGGCAGGAAGCAUUGGAGAAGUUACAGACAGAAAACCCCGACAUUCACCAACAGCUAGAACGGAUAUUAGCGACGCAGAAACAACCUCUCUCUCGGUCAAAUAUGUCGAGCCAGAUAGCCAAGUCCAUCCAAGCCAAUCAAAGUCGACUAGAAGAACGAAGUCUACCAGGUCGCUGGCGAAAUCGAGACGAAGGCGGAAAGGCCAAAGUGCGAAAGGCCAUGGACAGGAUUCUCAAAGCCGUGGUUGUUUUCCGCGAUAUGGGGAAGGUCUUGGUGGAGAUUGAACCUUCGCAUGUUGGGGUUGCUUGGUCGGGUGUGAAUUUGGUUCUACAGAUCGUUUUGGGAGGACCCGAGCAAAAUGCUGCUGCAAUUGAGGGGCUCGCUCAAAUCUCACUUAUUAUCACGCGCUAUGCGAGAGUUGAGGAAAUCUAUAUCGAACAGAGACAGCAGAAUCAAAGCACAACUCUCAGCAAGGACUUUAGGACACAAGUCGUUGACCUUUAUGCCAAAAUAUUGGCGUAUCAGGUUGCGAUUAUCUCCCAUUGUCAAAGACAGACUAUAAACAAGAUUGUUCAACAUCGUGAACUCAAGCAGAUUCUAGAGGAACAGGAUCAACAGAUGGAUAAUGUAUCAACUCAGUUAAGCCAGCUUUACGAACAGAAUCAAGUUCUCAUCAGCCAGGCUCAGCUGAGUGAGAAUAGGACAAUUCUGAACUGGAUCUCCCCCUCAUCCCCAAAUGAUGACCAUACACGUAUUCUAGAACACGGCAAGCUGAACAGCGAGUAUGCGGGCUCGGGUAGAUGGCUAUUUUCUUGCCCGGAGUUUCAGUCUUGGAGUAGUGUUGAGAACGAAAAUGUUUCAACGCUAUGGUUGCGCGGUCCUGUCGGCACAGGCAAGAGCUCUCUUGUCUGUCUCGCCAUAGAAAAGUUUCUCAAAGGCCCGAUACUGGAAACUAGCCUUAUCGCAUACUUCUACUGCUCGAAAAAGCAAGGCAUGGGAGACGCGAAUAGUCCAAAGGCUGUACUGCAAAGUCUCCUUCGACAGUUAGCCUGGUCAACAAGCGACCUCUCGAUUUCACCGCUUAUCAAAGCUAAAUACAUGACAGCACAGCAAAAUCCGGCUGCUGGAACAAGUGGACUAUUGGUAGAUGACUGUCUUCAUUUAUUGAAUCAGCUGAUCGCAGGUUAUCAGCAAGUCACAAUCGUCAUCGAUGCCCUGGAUGAAUGUUCGGACUUUUUUGAACUCUUGUCGCAUCUGGUGGAUAUAUCUUCCGCAUGCGAGGGGAAAGUUCGAUUUCUUCUUUCAAGCCGAAUGAAUGUCCCCGUACACCAGUUCUUUUCAGAAAGCGCCACAAUCGAGGUCGGGCAGGAUGGCAAGGAAGAUGUUGAUUUCUUCAUUGCAACAGAGAUGGAACGGAAUCUGCGGCGUCUUACACAGUGCAAUGCACUUGAUCUUAAAGAUAAGAUGACCAGAGUAUUGAGCCAUCGAGCUCAAGGAAUGUUCCGAUGGGUGGAGUUGCAACUGAAUUUAUUUUUCAAUACAAAAUCUCCUAUCAAGCGACGGGAUGCUUUCAAGAGGAAAUUGGACAAACUUGAUGAGCAAGGUGGUGUUCCGGUGCUGGCAGAUGUUUAUGAUGACAUCUACGACAUCAACACCCCAGAGCCUGAAGAUCGCCAAGUUGCAGAGCGAGCACUAAAAUGGGUGAUGUGUUGUGAGAGACCACUGAACAUUGACAUGAUGGUCAAGGCGGUCUCUUACUAUGACUGCGAGGGGAAUGUCGAUGAACAGGUUACUGUUGAUUAUAUCCUUGACAUCUGCAGCAACUUCAUCAUAGUGGACCACAACCACAUGGUUCAAUUCGCGCACUUGUCCGUUCGAGAGUACCUGAUGAACGACACUAAGCUGAAUUAUACCAACAUCGAUGCGAAUAUACAGGUGGCGAAGACCACUCUCGUGUAUCUGACUGCAUGCAGUACUGAUAGUACUGGUCCUUCCAGCAACGCUAAAACCGGCAAAAGGGACGAUUUGCUUGAAUAUGCAAUAUUAUACUGGCCGCAUCAUUGCAGCUGGCUGCUAUUGCAAGAGGAAAAGGAUGCUUCGCUCCAUAAGCUUCUCAGCGAGUUCCUAGCAGCUAAUCCGCCCAGCGAUGGCUUUCUGCUGUGCUUGGAUACUUGGCCAGAGUUACUACCGGAGAUUGAAAAUUGGGAGGAGCGACGUAAACUCGAAUUCAGAAUGGUGGCCAGCCUCAGUCCUUCAAAGUCCCCAGUUUUUACAGCAUGCCGUUGGGGCUUCCAGGAAGCCGUACAAGGGGUCAUAUCCAGCGGAUUUGAUUUGAGUGAGCGAAAUAACGCGGGCAACACAGCGCUUUCUGUAGCGGCGCAAGCUGAUCGGAUGGAAGUCAUGAAAUUACUCCUUGAAAAUGGCGCCGAUCCUAAUACAACGGGAGAAGUUGACGGAGUUACCCCGCUACAUCUUGUUUACUAUGACAUCGACAAGGUCAAGCUUCUGGCCGAGCACGGAGCGGACAUCACGAGGGCUGUUAAGGGAUCUAUCAACAGUGGAUGGAUGCUUUUGCACUUCUCGGCAUGCCAUAACGUGAAGGAAGGGGUCGAAUUUGCUUUGGACCAUGGAACAGAUGUCAAUGAACAAACCAGCACGGGUCUGACAGCUUUACAUCUUACUUCAACACAUGCUACAGAUAAGACGAUUGAGAUCUUCAAAAUGCUUCUGGACCGUGGUGCUGAUCCGGAGAUUCGAUCCGAAGAUGGACAAACGGUUUUGGAAAGAGCAGCCAUACAUGGAAGCAAUGAGAUCAUUCGUCUCAUACUCAAGCAUCAGGGUAAAGAGAACGAGGCUGAGAGGUGGUUUCGACAAGCGGCAUUCCACGAUGCUGUCUGUCAAGGAGACGAAGAUGCUGUCCAACGGUUGAUUGAAGAAGGCGUUAACUUCAAGGUGAAAGCGAACCGCGGAGAGCUUCCAAUUCACUGGGCUAUAAAAAAUGGUAACGCAGGUGUCGCAUUAGUACUCUUGCGCGAAGGAGGUGCGGAUAUUGAUGCCAGAGAUAAAUUUGGGGAAACGCCACUUGCUAUGGCCUGCAUGAAUUCUGAUCAGGAAAUGAUGCAUUUUCUUCUUGAUCAGGGGGCUGAGAUAGAUUUCAUACUGGGGGAAGGGGAUGCCGAACGUACUCUGCUCUCCAGGGUGGUUACUCGCGGCGAGGUACUGUUGGUAGACCUACUACUGAAGCGAGGGGCCGAUCCACGAAAAGUCGACCUUGAUUCUUUGGAGCGAGAAGGGUUUGUCAAAGUGGACGACUUUGACGCUUGUGUGAAGAUGGUUCGUUCUCAUUUAGUCUAA